UAUAUCGGGAGAAGGUUUAGUUACACAGUAAUUUGCGACGAAAACAAUUCUCACGUUUUAUGGAGGUCGGUCAUCAGUGAAGUAUCGCGAUUAAGUCGAUGUAUACCGCCAGUCUAAAAACAUAUUUCAUCGCGCCUAGACAUGAAUAAAUCGUGUAAUUUCUCGAUAGACGAGCUGUCGAAAGUCUUGAAGCAUACCGGUUCGGAAAUUAUAACGUUCGAAACGGAAAAAUGCGACUUUAACGAGAAUUUUACCGUUAUCAAAGUGCGAGAGUCGGGUACAUUGAAAACUUUCUAUCUGUUAAAAUGUGAAACAAGUCAACUGCCUCCAUUCGGUAACCAAAUCAACGAUCUAAGUAAACUUGUGCGUGCCCAAUUCGUUAUAAGAGACACAUCUAAUCAACAUUACCUGGCUUUCCCAGAACAACACUUCACAGAUGUGAAAUUUCCAAAAAGAAAUGACCUGAAACAUUUGGAAGUAAUUUUGGAAAGUUUAGCACAGUACCAGGUCAAUUACCUGAUUAAUAAAGAAAACAACUCAAGAUUUAGUAGGUACGAUAUUAAAACUAUUGGUGACAAAGGAUCAAACUUAGAAAUUGACAAAUCCGUCUUUGAUAAAGAAUUGAACAAAUUAGAAAAGAAUUUCAAUAAGCUUCUUGGUGAUGAGUUAGUUGUUAGAAGUAUCGGAAUAAAUACAGGAGGCAAUAUAAGUGUACUUAUUAACGAAACAGGAAAUUCCGCUCUAUUUUUAGAAAUAGAAGAAGGACGGCUUAUUCCUCCAGCAUAUGACGCUUUGUGGUUCAUUUUUCUUUUAAGCGAUGAAAAUUUCAGAAAAGUUCACUUCAAAGAACUGGUAACGAACUAUUUUCAAAAACUGCAAGAUUCUCUUAAGAAAUCAAAGAAUGAUUUGGGAUCUAAACUAACGACGGAAUAUAACGAAUACAGUAUUAGAGUGUUGUUGCCCAUUAUAAAACUUAAUAUACUUAAUAAGGUUCUUGAACAAAAUCAUAAAGAACUAUUAUCAAACAUCGGAAAUUUCUUUAAGUAUCCCUUAAUAAAUCAAGAAGAUAUAUACGAAACAGUUGAGAACAAACUUAAGUCGUCUGACUAUGAACUACUUGGAUACAAAAUGACUCCCUUAAGUGAAACUAACGGACACCUUGGUCAGUACUACCACUUAUAUAUUAACGUAAACUUUCACGGUAAGCUUCAAUUGCUUACGUUAUUUGCAAAAUUUAUUAUUGUGCCUACAGAAACAAUGGAAAUGUUUGUAAAAGCGGGACCUGCCAAAAAGGAGCAUUUCUUUUACAGCGAACUAAUUGGUUUAUUUGAGAAAAAUGGAAUGGGGCAACUUUUAGAUUUUGGGCCGGCGUGUUAUUUGAGCAGAGUUGGUUGGUUAGUUAUUCUGGAUGACUUAAGCGUAGAGGGAUUUGUUGGACUGAAACCGAACAAUGUUUUAGAUUACAAAGGACUAAGUGUUGUUGUCGGGAAAUUAGCGAAAUUUCAUGCUUGCAGUCUUAUUUAUGAAGAAAUCAUAUCAAAACGCAACGGAAAAACUUAUACGUUUUACGAUGAUUUUGAGUAUAUUCUAAACGAUUCCACUUACGUCGAUAAUGAUCAAAAUCCUUUUAAGCCUAUAUUCGAUCUUUCUAGAAGUGCUCUAAAAUACAUCAUCAGGCAAUUUCCAGAUUUGACAAAAGACCUGAAACUGUCAGAAGAAGAAAUCUAUAAGCGCUUUGACGAGAUGUAUAUGAAGAACUUUGAAAAAAUGGUUCGAAGCGAGAAACACAAAAACGGGUUGAUUCACGGAGAUAUGUAUUUAGGAAACGUAUUAUUGUCAUUCAAUAAAGAUAAAACAGUAACCGACGCCAUUCUGGUAGAUUUCCAGCUAUUAAAAUACUGUCCGCCUACGUAUGAUGUUUUAUUCUUUCUCCAUGUCGCCUCUACCAAAGAAACAAGAAAUAAGUGCCUGACCAAACUCUUGGAUGAAUAUUACGACCACUUAUCGAACCAUAUAAAAAAAUUUAAUAUGGAUCCAGAAAUAGUUUACCCGAAAGAAGGAUAUCGUCAAAGUUUGAAGUUUAUGAAAUCGGUAGCUUUGAUUAUCGCCACUGAAUACAGUCACGUGACACAGAUAGAUCCGGAUUUUCGAGAAGAAAUUUUCCACGAUCAGGAAAAAUUCGAUUAUUACAUGCACAAAAAUCGAAUCGAACUGAUUAACAUGAAUUGGUCAAACGAAUCGUAUAAAUCUAUUUUAAAGGGACUAAGUGAAGAUAUUCUUGAUCUAAUUGUAAGUCAAGACUAUUAAAAUGACGUUGUGUUAAAUUUUAAUACCAUAUUUUUUUCAAUAAAACUGUGUUGAUUUGAUUAA